AUGAAUAGGCUGGUUAUUUAUUGUAAGAAAUAUUAUGGGAUUGAAAAAAGUUGUGUGUCAAGUUUUCGAUUUUAUAGUAAUAAAACAUAUGAUGAAAAGGAAGUAAAUUUUUUCGAUAAUUUAAAUGAAAAAUGGUGGGGUGAAAAAGGAUAUGGAAAUAAAUGUAAUAUUAAAAAUGUUCAGAAUAUUUUAAACAAGAUAGUUGGAAAAGAUACAUAUAGUUUACAUGAUUAUAAUAAAUGUAGGUUUGAUUUUAUUUUAAAAAAUUAUGAAUUUUUAUUUUAUGAAAAAAUAAAAAAAGAAAAGUCACAAAUAAAUAUUAACAUUUUGGAUGUUGGGUGUGGUGGUGGUAUUUUAUGUGAAUAUAUACAAAAUAAUAUAUUUUAUUUUUUAUUGAAAUAUGUCAAUAAUUCAAAAUUAAAACAAAUAAAUGUAAACAUAGAAGGUAUUGAUGUGUCGAGUAAAUUGAUAGAGUUGUCAAAAAGGAGAAUAAAUGAAAGAAAAAAAAAUAACAAUAAUAAUGUUUGUUAUGACUUGAAAAAUAGAACAAACAUAAAUGAGCCUGAACAAGCAGGUGUAUGUACAGACACAAAUCAAGAGAGUGAAAAAAAUAUUUAUACAAUUAAUAAGACUAUUGUAAAUAUAAAUUUAAAUUAUAAAAAUUGUGAUAUAUCUGAUUUAGUAGAUUCAAAUAAUGAGACAAAAAAAUAUGAUAUAAUUAUUUCAUCGGAAGUAAUUGAACAUAUACCUAACAACAAAAAAGAAAAUUUUAUAAAAUGCAUAAGUAAACUAUGCAACCCAUUGUCACUUGUUGUUCUUACUACAAUAAAUAAAAAUAUUCUUUCUUAUUUAUACUCAAUAGUUUUAGCAGAAUAUGUCACAGGAAUGAUAAAGAAGGGAACACAUAAUUAUGAUUACUUCAUUGAGGAGAAUGAACUAAAUAAUGUGUGUAAACAAUUUGAGCUUUACAAUUUAAACACAGAAUAUGUUAUGUAUAUUCCAAUGAUAAGGAAUUAUUUUAAAACCCGCAAACUAAACCUGUUAUAUAUGUCUUCCUUUGUUUAUAAAAAUAACAAGGAAUAA